AUGCAACAAGGAGAACGCUCAGUUACUGAUUUUUUUACAGAUAUUAAGAGUAUGUGGGAUGAGCUUGAUAAUUUGAAGCCUCUCCCCAAUUGUAGAUGUGCUGCUCCAUGUCAAUAUGGAGGAUAUCAACUGAUGAGAAACCACAGAGAGCGAGACCACAUCAUAAGGUUCUUAAAAGGUCUGAACGAACAGUAUUCUCACGUUCGCUCUCGGAUUAUGUUAAUUGAUCCUUUACCGAAUGUGAAUCGUGUAUUUUCGAUGGUGGUUCAACAAGAAAGGCAGAUGUUAGGAGAAGGACAGAAUGUUGCUGUCAAUGAAUCAAAAAUGUUUGCUAGUAACAGCAAUACUGUGGCUGAUAUGAAUGCACGAAGAAGUGGCUUUCCAAGUAGAGGAAGAGGCCGUGGAAACUAUGGCCAAGGAAGAGGCUAUACCAAGAUCUGUACAUUCUGUGGGAGACAAAAUCAUACAGUGGACACUUGUUAUCGUAAACAUGGCUUUCCUCCAGGAUUUAAGCCAAGAAAUGCUGCUAACUGUGUAUCGAUGAAUGAUGUAGCUGAUACUUCAGCACAGGACCAAGAAGAAAUGAAGGACUUGGUUUCCAUGACACACAAGCAAUAUGAUUCAUUGCUUAAUGCUUUACACUCAUCAAAGAUCAACACAGAAAUUCCUACAUCUUCAACCAAUAUGAUCCAGACUUCAGUCCUGAAUGCUGCUUCCAAUUAUACAUCAGGAUUGAUCCAAUCUCCAUUUCCAUCCCUGAUGGUUCACGAAAUUUAG